AUGGAAUGCAAACUCGAGGACGCAGGAAAAUGUCAUCAUAGCUUGAAUUUGCUGAAGCAAAUUAAGAACAUGAGAGAAUUCGCGGAAAUGAUCGAUGUGGUGCUCAUAGCAGAAGGAGAGAGAUUUCCUUGCCACCGACUGGUCCUGGCCGCCUUCAGCCCUUAUUUCAAAGCCAUGUUCACCUGUGGCCUCCUGGAGUGCUCUCAGAGGGAGGUGACCCUCCACGACAUCACGGCGGACAGCGUGUCGGUCCUGCUCCGUUACAUGUACAGCGCGGCGCUUCAGAUCGACAACGCCAACGUGCAGACGGUCGCCACGGCCGCCUACUUCAUGCAGAUGGAAGACGUCUUCGGCGUGUGUCAGAAGUACAUGAUGGACCACAUGGACGCCUCCAACUGCGUGGGCAUCUACCACUUCGCCAAGCAGAUCGGCGCCGAGGACCUCUGCGAUCGGUCGCGGAAGUACCUGUACCAGCACUUCGCCGAGGCCUGCCUGCAGGAGGAAAUCCUGGACGUGGAGGAGCACCAGUUCCUGGCGCUCAUCAGGUCGGACGACCUCAACGUGUCCCGGGAGGAGAGCAUCCUCGAGCUGGUCCUGCGCUGGGUGGACCACGACCGGGCCCUGCGCGCCGCGCACCUGCCCGAGCUGCUGCAGCAGGUGCGGCUGGAGCUGGUGAGCCCCCCGUUCCUCCGGCAGGCCCUGCGCCGGAGCCCCCUGCUGCUGAGCGACGCCGGCUGCAUCGCCCGCAUCCAGCGCGCCUUCGCCGCCAGCAAGGCCCCGCGGCCGCCGCACGCGCCCCUGCGCUACGGCAUGGAGACCACCAGCCUCCUGCUCUGCCUGGGCAACAACUCGGCGGGCAUCCGGUCCCGGCACCGGAGCUACGGCGACGCCAGCUUCUGCUACGACCCCGUCGCCCGCAAGACCUACUUCAUCUCGUCGCCCAAGUACGGCGAGGGCCUGGGCACCGUGUGCGCGGGCGUGGUGAUGGACAGCAACGCCGUGGUGGUGGCCGGGGAGGCCAGCGCGCCCAGGCUCGCCCGGCAGAAGGGCCGGAACGUGGAGAUCUACAGGUAUCAUGAUAGAGGAAACCAGUUCUGGGAAAAGUUAUGCACAACUGAAUUCCGAGAGCUGUAUGCUCUGGGCAGUGUCCACAAUGACCUCUAUGUGAUAGGAGGACAGAUGAAAAUUAAGAACCAGUAUCUGAUUACAAACUGUGUUGAUAAGUACAGUGUAGAACAGGACUAUUGGAAAAGGGUGUCUCCCCUUCCACUACCCUUGGCAUGCCACGCAGUGGUGACAGUGAAGAAUAAACUUUAUGUGAUUGGAGGCUGGACUCCCCAGAUGGAUCUUCCUGAUGAAGAACCUGAUCGAUUAAGCAACAAACUGUUGCAGUAUGACCCCAGCCAAGAUCAAUGGACGGAGCGUGUGCCCAUGAAGUAUUCCAAGUACCGAUUCAGCACGGCUGCACUCAACGGCGAGAUCUAUGUCUUGGGCGGAAUUGGCUGCAUCGGUCGGGACAAGGGGCAGGUUCGGAAGUGCCUGGACGCAGUGGAAAUCUACAACCCCGACGGAGACUUCUGGAGAGAGGGUCCACCUCUGCCCAGCCCCCUGCUCUCCCUUCGAACCAAUUCUACCAACACGGGGGUAGUGGACGGAAAGCUGUAUGUCUGCGGGGGCUUCCACGGAGCAGAUCGCCAUGAAGUCAUCACCAAAGAAAUUCUGGAGCUGGACCCCUGGGAGAACCAGUGGAACGUGGUGGCCGUUAACGUCCUCAUGCACGACAGCUAUGACGUGUGCCUGGUGGCCAGGAUGAAUCCCCGUGACCUCAUCCCCCCACCUUCAGACCUGGUGGAGGAAGAUGAACAAUGA